AAGGAUUGGUUUUUAAAAUACUCCACCCCAAAAUUGCACCAAGUAUUUGAAAAAUUCCUUUUUUUCCCCCUAAAUUUCCUCAUGUUAAAAAAAAAAAGAAGAAAGAAACUUUAGUGGGGUUGGAAAUGCUGGUUUAGUGCGGACUCUUGGCUAUAUAUACUUACAGGCAACAAGCUUUAAUUUCAUCCCAAAGUAAAGUUUCUAAAGCCAUUGCUUGAAAUUAUGGGGUUUCAUUUCGAAUUCAUAGUUGCUCUAUUCUGUCUUGGUGUUGUGGGAAGCUGUCAUGCUUCCAUGCCCGCUGAACUUUACUGGAAGUCUGUGUUCCCAAACACUCCAAUGCCCAAAAGCUUACAAGAUCUUCUUCGUCCUGUGAACAAGAACAAUUUUGUCAAGUUGAAGGAUGAUGCAGUCAUAGAUGCCAAGAUAGUUGACCAGCUAUCAAAUCCAAGUGCGAACAUAGAGGGCGGUUUCCACAAUUAUGAAUUGAAAAGUGGAACCACUGGGUUUGACGGAACCCAGCCAUUGGGUUUGACGGAACUCAACUGGGUUCCAUCGAACCCAGCUCCGAACCUAGCAGAUCUGGGUUCGGUGGAACCCAGCCACUGGGUUCCGUUCGAAGAAGAGGAAGAAAGACCCGAGGAAGAAGAGGAAGAAAGAAGAAAAAGAAAGAAAAAGAAAAAGAAAAAAAGAAAGGAAGAAUAUGGAAUAUAAUUAUUUUAUUUUAUUUUUUAAAAAUAUAAAUAAUAAUAAUCUGAGUUGGCAAUGAAUUGUAAUAAAAAAAAAAUUUUAAG